GCAAAUAAACUUUAAGUUAUUCCGCAAAAGAAAUAAAAUAAAAGUGAAUAAGAAAAGCAACAUGAUGAUAAUAAAGUUCUGUUUAUUGGGUCUAUUCAGUACCUGUUUCCUGUUGAGUGUUGUUCGGGCGGAUGACUGUACUGGCGGCUCAUUUAGAAAUUUAGGUUUAUGUCAGGAAUUUCUAGUAAUACGAAAUUUGGCCCCUAAAGCCUCUGUCAUUGCACUCAUACAAAAUCAUAUGCAAACCGAUAUCAGAUUUCGUAAAGCCGUUCAAUAUAUGCUCUCACCAGAUUUCGAUAAAAUUACGGCAAAAAUCGAUGCCACAUCUGUAUACCAGAGCUUUUUAAGACAAUUCACCAACGCUGGUGUUAAUACCACCGACAUAGAUAGUGUUAGUAAAAUAUUCGAUUGUGUCCUCAUACCUAUACUCGUAGAAGCCACUGGAAACUUUAGAUCUUCGCCUAAUUCCGUCGUGGUCUCUCGUUCAUUGGAGACAUUUGUACAGCAAGUGGGCGCUUUAAUACCUCAAAAAGAAUUGGUCAAUACCUUAGAUAUGCAGAUAGCUGAAAAUAAAGAAUUUGCUAAAUUCUAUCGUGUCAUUCGUAAUCCCACAUUCCAAUCGAAUGUUAUGAAAGGAUUUAUCAAUCGCGAUAUAUCGCGUCCAAUCAAAACAUUACGCCGUUACCAAAUAGAUUUGAGCAAAUUGACACAGUAUGUUUUUAAUCUUUUCUCUUUGGGUCCAGCUGUUUAAUGGCAAUGCAAUUUAGAGAAAAAAUUACUACAACGAAUUAUUGUUAAUAAUUUAAUUAUUAUCAAAUAUUAAUAAUAAAUACUUUGCAAAACGAAUUGAUCACUUAAGAAACGAUCGUCAUAAAAUUCGAAAA